AUGAACGAUAUAAGUGGACAGUGCCAACAAGUAUGUGAUACUAUUGUGAAGUUCUACUCUGCAAUAAAAGCAUCCUAUCCAGACAUCAAAAUCAUAUCAAGUUGUGAUAGAUCUGCUAUUUCAUCACACAACCCAGCUGAUUUGUAUGAUGUCCAUGUCUAUACUUCAUCAGGUGAUAUGUUUUCCAAAUCUAGAAUGUUUGAUAACACAGCCUGUAUCGGACCCAAGGCAAUUGUUAGUGAAUAUGCUGUAACUGGAAAUGAUGCUCGCCGAGGAACACUAAUAGCUGCUUUAGCUGAAGCUGCAUUUCUCAUUCUAUCUAUUAAAACUCACGACGUGGUUGAGAUAGCAAGUUGUGCUCCACUCUUUAUAAACGACAAUGACCAAAGGUGGAACCCAGAUGCUAUAGUCUUUAACUCAUGGCAGCACUAUGGAUGUCCAAAUUACUGGAUGUUGCACUUCUUCAAAGAUUCAAGCGGCGCUACACUUCAUCCGUCCACUAUUCAACUACCAAACUACGACCAAUUGGUCACAUCUGCUAUCACUUGGAAUAACCCACAUGAUGGGAACACUUACAUGAAAAUAAAGGUUGUAAAUUUUGGAAGAAAAGAUGUUAGUCUGAAUAUAUAUGUAACAGGGUUGGAAACUGAUAUUCAGACAUUUGGAUCCAUAAAGACGGUUCUCAUGUCGGGUUGGCUGCGGGAUGAGAACUCCUUCCAACAGCCCGACAAGGUGGUGCCGGCGGCAAGUCCAAUAACCAACGCGGGCAAGCAAAUUUCUAUUUUGGUGGACGAGAGGCAUGUUGUGGUGGCAAACUAA